UGCACUCGCCUGGCCUGCCCCAUCCUUUCCCCGUCACCCCAGGCAGAUUUAGCUGCUGACAGCUGCUUGGGACUCUGCCGCCAGGCCUUGGCCCAGACCCGCCGCCUCUUCCCUUUUUCUCAUUGACUCCAGAGCCUCAGCCCCUCCAUGGCUCAGAAAGAAGAGGCCGCGGCGGCCGCGGAGCCUGCCUCCCAGAAUGGCGAGGAGGUGGAGAACCUAGAGGACCCCGAGAAGCUGAAGGAGCUGAUUGAGCUGCCGCCCUUUGAGAUCGUCACCGGGGAGCGACUGCCUGCCCACUUCUUUAAGUUUCAGUUCCGGAACGUGGAGUACAGCUCCGGCAGGAACAAGACCUUCCUCUGCUAUGUGGUGGAAGCACAGAGCAAGGGAGGCGAAGUGCAGGCCUCUCGAGGGUAUCUGGAGGACGAGCAUGCCGCUGCCCACGCCGAGGAAGCCUUCUUCAACAGCAUCAUGCCGACCUUCGACCCCGCCCUGCGCUACGUGGUCACCUGGUACGUGUCCUCCAGCCCCUGCGCGGCCUGUGCAGACCGCAUCGUCAAGACCCUCAACAAGACCAAGAACCUGCGCCUGCUCAUCCUGGUGGGGCGGCUCUUCAUGUGGGAGGAGCCUGAGGUGCAGGCGGCUCUCAGGAAGCUGAAGGAGGCCGGCUGCAGACUUCGCAUCAUGAAGCCCCAGGACUUCGAGUACAUCUGGCAGAAUUUCGUGGAGCAAGAAGAGGGUGAAUCCAAGGCCUUUGAGCCCUGGGAGGACAUUCAGGAGAACUUCCUGUACUAUGAGGAGAAGUUGGCGGACAUCCUGAAGUAGGCAGCUAGGUUCAGCCUCACGUCUGCCUGCUGCCACCGAGACAGCAAUGACACGUGGUCAUCGGGGACACGCCUGACUCCCUAACACCGCUUGGAGCUGGACAACAUUUGACACCAACCAAUCCUGCCCAAGGCCCUCUGACAACUCAAAAUACACUUACGCUAUAAAUCACUUAAGCUGUACCUCUCUCUCUAAGGCUGCUCUUGUAAAACAGGAAAGUGAGUUGUGAAGAGACAAAUGGCACCAGGCUCCGUGGGACUGAAGGUCCGUAUUACUCCCCCAAUUGGGCUUAUGGCGAAGAGCCUCAGACCCAAAGUCUGAACAGAUCUUUGCAACAUGUCUAGAAAUGCAUCUCAUGUUAAGUUGGGAUUUUUUUUUUAAACAGCAACAUUAAUAAAAGAGGUGGCGUGGUC